AUGGCAUUGAUAUCAUUAACCUUCCUAAUUAUAAUCUCCUCAUUAAACUUAAUUAAUGGCCAGAUUAGUUCACCAUCAUGCACAUCCUCUAUGAUUAGCAGCACUUUCACUCCUUGUGCUAACAUUAUUACAGGAAGCACUAAUAAUGGUUUAGUACCAUCAAGUACUUGUUGUGAAUCAUUAAGAUCUUUGAUUACUACUAAUAUGGAUUGUGCUUGUCUUGUGAUGUCUUCCAAUUCUCCUUUUUAUCAAGUUCUUGCUAUGUCUCUUUCACAAGCAUGUAACAUUAUUAAUGGAGUUUCUGUUCAAUGUAAAGGUGUAAAUUCUCCAUUGCCAGCUCCAACUGCUCCAACUCCUUUAAGCCCUCAAGGCAGUUCAAAACUUCAAAUAAUGCCUUUUGGAACAGAUUCAAAAACUUUGGCUGUGGAUGAUAAACACAUAUAUGAGAAUCUGCAGUUGGCAGAGGCAGGGGGACUGGCACCAUCAUCAGCGCCGAUGGAAGCAGAAGCGCCGUCUAAAACAUCCAGAGUUAUACCAGUUUUGACUCCUCUUCCUCAUUCGGCGUCUUCUACGUCUUAUUAUUCCUUCUUACCUUCUGCAUUAUUCAUAGGAAUAGCAAUAGUGUUGGUUUGUUAA